AUGGCAACUCAGAGCUCCAAUACCGCGGACGCCGCCGCGCCUGCGCCGGAGGCCGCAGCCACCGGAGAGGUGGCUCCGAACGCUGCUUCCUCAACGCCGGCCCAAAACCCUACCGCUGCUGCAACCGCGGUGGCCGGGGCCACAGAUCUGGAGAAGAAGAUGCGCCGCGCGGAGCGGUUUGGGACGCCAGUGGUCAUGUCAGAGGACGAAAAGCGCAGCAGUCGCGCCGAGAGAUUUGGGACUGGAUCUUCAAGUUUAAAGGAGGAAGAGAAGAAGAAGUCCAGGGCUGAGAGGUUUGGCCUUGCCCCAUCCUCUUCUUCAGAUGAGGAAGCUAAGAAAAAGGCCCGUCUGGAACGAUUUGGUCAGGGCACAAAUGUUGACAAGGCGGAAGAAGAAAAAAGAAAGGCCCGAGCAGCAAGAUUUGGAGAUACAUCUAGUGGAUCAGCUCGGGAAAAUGGCAAAGACAGCUCGAAGCCGGUCUCAGAUAUUAUCCUAGGACUUUUGGUGAAGCCAUAG